AUGACAAUUUCAAGUUUAACGAGCACAUCUUCUGACGAUCUCGAAACGUCAAAUGCUACAAUCAGACAAGCGAAAGAUGUUGAUGAACAGGAUUUCCUUCGUUUUCGUCCUUCAUACCACUUGAUCGCGCCGAAGAAUUGGAUGAAUGAUCCAUGCGGUCCCUGUUAUGAUGAAAAGACAGGCUUGUACCAUUUAUUGUAUCAAUACAAUCCCGAAGGUGCGACUUGGGGAAAUAUGUCUUGGUUACAUGCCACUUCAAAGGAUAUGGUUCAUUGGGCACACGUAAACAAAACGCCUUCUUUUACGCCACAAUUACCUCAUGAUUGCAAAGGCGUUUUUUCCGGAGCAAUGGUUCCACAUGGUCCACGUGGUGAAGAGAACAUGUUAACUGCAUUUUAUACUGCAGUAUCCUAUUUACCAAUUCAUUGGACAAAGCCAUAUCAUUGGGGUUGUGAAAAGUUGGCAAUCGCAACUUCUACAGACGGAGGUCAAACUUGGAACCGUGAUGAAUCUUCGGUUUUAUUGGAAUCACCGCCUGUUGAACAUAAAGAAGAUGUCGCUUCUUGGCGAGAUCCUUUUAUCUCUGCAUGGCCUGAAAUGGAUGAUCAGUUGGGCUUGCCUAGAGGUAAAUACUUGUACGGCUUGAUUGCUGGUGGAUUGCGCAAUAAGACACCGACUGCAUUCCUUUAUCGUAUCGAAAAGGAAGAUUUGACAAAGUGGAAAUUUGUCUCAACGAUUGCAGAUGUCGGUCUCAAUCAUUCUUUAGGUAAAGCAAGUGGUGAAAUGGGCCGUAAUUGGGAAGUUUGUAACUUUUUCACAUUACCACGUCAAUCUCCCCAAACCGGAAAGGAUGCACAAUAUACGCUCAUGAACGUUGAAGGUGUAGGUAAAGAUUUCAAAUCACGCCAUCCAAUGUGGGCACAAUCUUCAAUGACAAAGAGCAAAGACGGAAAAGGAGUAAUCUUGCAUCCUUUCAAAAGCGGAAUUCUUGAUCAUGGAAGUCUUUAUGCUGCAACGACAUUUUACCAUCAACAUACUUCUCGUCGUAUCCUCUGGGGUUGGAUUACGGAAGAUGAUUUGGCAGAAUCUCGUUAUGAUCAACAAGGAUGGUCUGGUUGCAUUUCUCUGCCGCGCGAGAUCGUUCCACUCUCGUUUGAGAAUGUUGAUCCCGUCAUGCUUCAACAUUCUCUCAUUGCACCUACCUUUGAUUUUAGCAAAGCCGAUCAAAGUUCUACAACCGGCGUCAAGAUUUCAACACUUGGUGUCAAGCCUGCUGAAGAAAGUGCCGCUUUGCGUAAAGGUGCUGAGUAUCAUUAUAUCGCCAAGCCGUCAACGGCCAAGCUUCCAAUCAAUUCACGCAACUUUGAACUCUCCUUCGAAGUCCUCAUCAACAAGGAAAGCUCCGAAGGGGGCGUCUCCAUCUGUCAUGAUGCAGACGGAAAGCAUGGCGUCAAGGUUGUGUAUUCGAACGAAACCAUUCAAGUCAUUCGUGAAGGUACAACUUCCGAUCCAGACGUAAACACAAGCACAAUCACUGUGCCUUUUGCUCCUUUGCGUUUUGUUGACGGUACAUUUGAACGUUUACGCUUCCAUCUCUUCCUCGACAAUAGUGUCUUGGAAUUAUUCGUCAACGAUCGUUUGUGUAUCACCACACGCAUUUAUUGGCAGCAUGAAGAAGCUAUUCAAACUUCUUUGAUACGAAACAGCGGCGAGAGCAAUUAUCAAAAUGUUCAAAUUUGGUCAGGAUUGCAAAAGGCAAUGCUUGACGAAGGAGCUGAUGCUGAUCAAGACGCACUUGGCAUUGAUGGCGUAGCACAUCUUUGA